AUGGAAGUUGGAGUUAAACUGAACAAGGCAGAGACGAAGUUAGAAAACUGUGAGUAUAGAAGUCUAAUCGGAAGCCUUAUGUACGUCGCAGUUUGUACACCGCUGGACAUAGCCCACGCGGUGAGCUGUCUGAGUCAGUUUAAUGAAUGUCAUUCCGAGAUGCACUGGAAAGCAGCGAAGCGCGUGCUAAGGUAUUUUAAGGGGACAAUUCAACAACUGGAUGCAGAUUGGGCAUCGUGUGAAGUCGAUCGCAAAUCGUACAGCGGCUUUGUGUUUAAAGUAGGUACCUCAGUUGUCUCUUGGGAGAGUCGGAAACAGAGGACUAUCGCGCUCUCCAGCACCGAGGCAGAAUAUAUGGCACUUUCUGAUCCAUGUAAGGAGGCUUUAUUUUUGCGCACCUUCUUUAAUGAAUGUCUCAACUUGAAAUGUAUGCCGUUACUACGCAAUGACAACCAGUCAGCACAGAGGUUUUGUGAAAACUCGUUGUUUCACUCAAGAACGAAGCAUAUCGCGCUAUUAUCUGAUGAUAAAGCUGAUGUGAAGGAGAUAUUGAAAGGAGAGGGACUGCGGGAAACUGUGUGA